AUGUUCUCCAAAACGGCUAAUCUUUCUGUGGGGAGGAGAUUUUCUUCCACUCUGGCCGAACGAUUGGCUUUGGCAUCAUCAAAUUCAGCCAAAGAAACACCUGAAGUCGAGAAUCUGAGGAUUGAAUCGGAGACAGAUAAAGAAGUAAGUCAUGCCUAAUGUUCUAUAAAUGGUUUCAGAAUGAGCCAUUCCGUGAGCUCUUUAUUAAACCCAAGAGAAAGUUGCAAACCCAGUUAACUAUAGAAAGAAUGACAGGUAGAGCUGAACAACUAAAAUUCAGCAAAGUGGAUAUUAUGGAUCGGAUUGCGGUAAGUGCUACUUCUUAUUGUGGUUACUCUUUAGGUGAGGACACCGCGAAAGGAAGAGAUGAAGCCUAAUCAGGAUUGGGUUUCAGUCUGGCCGGUAGCCCAGUCAUUUAGAUCAUCCGUGGUGCCUUUGCCAAUUCGAAUGGGGUAUUCGAAGAUAAAAAAUGGAAAUCCAAUCAGACCUCCAUGCAAAGCUGAAGGGAAUUUGGAAUUGGUGAAGAUUCCGAACUUCCUCCAUCUGACUCCUCAACAUAUUAAAAGGCAUUGUGACGAAUUAAAACGUGAGGUUUGAUUAAUAUAAAGAUGGGCAGAAGUUUUCGGCUUUUAUUUUUCCUGUUGGGUCAAAUUUCGGUGCAAAAAUGUGUUGAAUAGAAACCGCUAACUUCUGUGACCGUCUUUAUGUCGUUCCAUUAUUGUUAAAAACUCCAUAACCGAAAAUUUGAUUUCAGAAUUCUGUACUGAAUUCCCAGAAGAACUCAAGGAAAACCCUAAAUUAAUCCAUGAGCAUUUGCCAGUUACGAAGAAGUACUCGGAUUAUGUUCAUCAAGGGACUUCUCUAAGAGAUAUUAGAGCAAGGGUUGUGACCCUCCAGAUCAAAGUCGCCGAUCUUGAAUUAGAUCAGCAUGCCAAAGAUAAGUUCAGAAGAUUAGUUGGACAAAGAUAUGACGAGAAGACGGACAUCUUCACAUUGGUCACGGAUCGAUGUUAUACUAGGCAACAAAAUCAAGAUUAUGCCGAUUAUCUAAUCACGGUAGCCGUGAACGAAUCAAGGAAGGUUGAGGAGUGGGAGGAACUGAAAGAAAGAAUUGAUAAUUGGAAAGUGGAAUUUGUAGGAUCGAAGACAGAAGAGAGGUUGUUUGAGAUCCUGGGUCAAUUAAAAGCAGACGAGGUAUGGAGACAAGAUAACAUAUUUACCGUUUCAAUUUAUUAUUUUCAGAACGCACCCCCAGCUGCUAAGAACUUUGACAAAGAAACCAAAGCUUCUUCCGAGGUCGAAAAGUUCUCGAAUGUCUGGUUCAGCUAUAGGAAUGAAGUAAGUUACAAUAUGAGAUACGCUUGCGUAAGGCUUAUCUACGAACUAAUACUUUAAUUUGCAGACCGAGACACCUGAAUCUGCUAGGAUUUAUGGUCAAGCGGUUAGAGAACUUCUAGGUCUUCCAAAAGUAACCCAAGAAGAGAAAAACCAAGUAGAAUUUAAAUAA